UUUUAAUGUCUUGGUGAGUUGGAUUUAGGAGAGCCUAGUGACCUUGACUUUGUAAUUUAAUAUACAUGGCUACUUAUUUUGUGAAGAGCUCUGUUUCUGACUAACUAGUUAUUGAUGUUCCAAAUGCUUAUCAAAUUGAUCUUUUGGACCAUAACAAAACUUCGAUGCUGUGUCCAAAUUGGUUUUUAGUAGCCAAGGUGACCACAAAGCUAGGGAUGUGCUUUCGAGCUUUUUCCUUGCAAGAAGGAAGAAAAAAAGAGGAGAAAAAAUUUAAUUCUCUUUUGUGAUCAUCCAUUUGGUGACUUUUGGAUCUUUUUUGGUCAACGUAGCUACUAAAAUCUUGUGCUCUCACUGUAGUUUAGUUCUUUAUUGGAUUAUAUUUGCUCAAAUUUUCAAUCAAGAAUGAUCCUAGUUGCACUUCUUGAAGAUUUCUAAGCUAGUCUUCACCUAUAUGUAAUAAUAUAUGCUCAGCUUAUUCAUCUGUUUGGUUGCCAAGAACAGUAAAUGGAUCAUAUUAGUUUUACUUGAAUGCUUGUGGUGUUUCAUUCAAUGAUAUUGCUUUCUUUAAACUACAUAUACAGGAAAGACGGAAAUUACAAAAGAACAGUAAUUGCGUGCUUCAUACAAGCGGUUUACUUGCUUGAACUCGACAGACAAGAGAACAGGACAGAGGAAAGCGCUCUUGCUCCAAAAUGGUGGAUACCCUUUAAAUACAAGCUAGCCCAAACUCUAAUUGAUGAAAGAGAUGGGUCAAUAUUCGGUGCAGUACUUGAAUGGGAUCGAUCUGCAGCCAUGGCUGACUUCAUAAUCAUUAGGCCAAGUGGUGCACCAAGAGCGGUACUAGUGCUCAGAGGAACACUACUCAAAAGCCCAACGAUUAGAAGGGAUAUAGAGGAUGAUCUCCGCUUUCUAGCCUGGGAAAGCUUAAAGGGUUCAGUCAGAUUCAACGCAACGUUGGAGGCAUUGAAAUCAAUUGCUGAUAGAUAUGGAAGCAGCAAUGUAAGCGUUGCAGGCCAUUCAUUAGGGGCUGGUUUUGCUCUCCAAGUGGGAAAAGCAUUAGCCAAACAAGGGAUAUUUGUGGAGGCUCAUCUGUUUAAUCCACCCUCGGUUUCACUAGCAACGAGUCUGAAAAAUAUAGGAGAACAGGUAGGGUUUGUUUGGAAGAGGUUUAAGUCGAUGCUCCCUUCAAAUAGUGAAACUCAAGCCAGUGGAAAUGAAGUGGAUGAGACUAAUAAUAUUGUUGGAUUGAAUAAAUGGGUACCUCAUUUGUAUGUGAACAAUAGUGACUACAUUUGUUGCUAUUAUACCAAUCCAGCAGGAUCGGAAGCAGAAGCAGAAGCGGGAGCAAGAGAGAACAACGGGGCUAACAAGGAGAAUGUGGGACCCACAAAUGGGCAUGCGGCGGCUAAGCUUUUUGUGUUGUCAAAGGGGAAGCAAAAGUUUCUUGAGGCACAUGGAUUGGAACAAUGGUGGUCUGAUGAUUUGGAGCUCCAAAUGGCUCUACAGAGCAGCAAACUUAUAAGUAGGCAGCUGAAGUCCUUAUACAGCCUCCCACCACCACCUCCAAAACACUAAUAGGUUAUGUUGCUGGCUCGGCUUCUCAUUCUUUUCUACUUAAUUGUCCAAAAACAAAAACAAAAACAAAAAAAACAAAAAAAAAAAAGGGGAAAUUUUGUUUUUCCCAAAAACUCAGUUUCAAUCUGUUUUCUUCAGUCCCACCAAAAGUUGUUUGUUCGUAUGAAUUGCUUGAUCUAAUAUGUACUUACUUUCUUUUCUUGUACUGAGCUAUGCUAUAUGUAUAUUUGAAA